CUAUGAUAAAAAGCUGAUUGUGAAAUAAGAACGGCUGAAAGUUAUUGUGGCCGUAUAGUCGAAAUGUAUCACUUCGAUUUAUGUUUAUUUUGUAUCAUAGCUGCUAUUAUUAAUGCGGUGGACAAUAAGAAAUACGAUAUUGAAGAAGAAAGUAAGAAUGCGUAUGGAAUGGACUUGCAAAACGUCCUGCGACAGUUUCGAAGAUCGGACGAUUACGUCAAAAUAUUGAAAAUGAGGACAAAUGAAUUUAAUGUGUUUUUUGGGGACGUAGUCUACCACAGUUUAGAUUAUCAUCAAGGUAAAAUGGAAGAGGAGAUAAAAACUUCAUUUGGCCUCAAAAAAUCCCCUUCAGACGUACCAACAACCACUUUUAAAACAGAAUCAACCACCGUUUGCAUCCCUGGGGAAUCUGGGAAAAAAACCUGUCCACCACCGGAGGAGAGUUCCACGAUUCCGGCCAGCCGCCAAUUGUUGUACGAAGCCAAAGCCCGUAUUCUUAAAUCAAAAUUGAGCGGGCGCCGUCAAGCUGGCGCGAAGGCGAUCGAGCAGUCGCUGCUGAAAGUUAAGCACAUCGACGAAUAUCCCCAGCUGGGCUCUCAGCUGACGGCGGAGGAGCGGAACUACUAUAAGAGCCUAGCAUUCGAAUACGCUGGAGAAACUAUUCACACUACAAUUAGGGCAUUUGGAGCGGAACCGGUGGAUGUGCAUGGGAGCACCCAAAUGAACGCCGAGGGAACAACUAGCACACAACACAUGUUGAGACACAUAGCUGGGGCCAAGAAAAUGCUAGUGAUGCUAGGAUCAACAACAAAUGAAGCACGAAAAUCGCAACAAGUCACUAAAAGAUACCUUAUGGUACCGAAAAAAGUAUAUCCGUAGAUUAUCAGGGAUGGUUAGAUGCUCCCC